UGAUUCGUGGUGUGCCCUGACUUGUUUUAUAACACAGCGUUUUGCUUCUUAUAUUUCACCUCUGACAGCUUUUGCAAAGUUUUGAUUUGAUAGGAUAAGAACAGAGAGGGCAUUAGGACCAGGAGAAAGACGCACACAUUGCUUUGUAUUAUGUCUGGCAAAGUGCUUCCUGACUGAGUGCUGGAGCUAUGUGUGAAGCAAAGGCAGGGAUCGACUAGUUCUCAUCUGUUGAUCACAGUGAACUUGAAGCCUCAGACGGGGGAAAGCUGUCAGAUCUGCUCUCGGAGAUAAGGCACAUGAAACCAGACAGCUGUGGGAAACUUUGAAGAAGCAGGAAAUACUCUGGAAGGAAACUGUUAGAAAUGCGAUUUCUUUCUACCUAGAAUUUAAAAAGGAAAAACCCAAAACUUAAGCUAUUCCUUUCAUUUGCUUUGCUGACUGAGCCGGGACUCCAUAACAACGGACCUACUCCGUCUCACUGGAUCCAUGCUGCAUUUUACCACAGUAAGUGCAAUAUUAAUAGGCGUUUUCUAUUUUGUCUGUAAAUAGAGAGGAAAGCAUGAAACGGCAUCAGUGAAAUGUGAGGGGAACAAGAAAUCCUCUUGGCAGAUAGUGAAAACCAGCGCAUUGCUGCAACCCGAGGACUGGAAUCUGAGCGAGAUCCAAGUGAUGUUUAACAUGACAAUCUGUAUCAUUUUGUCACCAACAGUAUGUUCUUGAGGAAGAAAUGUAGAUAUGGAUCACGCAAGCUGCAGUUUCUGUUGCUGUUGCUGAUGCUGGGCUUUUUGCUGCUGAUGGUUACAAUGCUGAAUCCACCAGCCAGCAACCGGAGCAAGGACGGGACUUUCCAGCCUGUGGAGUUCAACCCUCGGGAAGGGCACCAGGUGGACUUUGCCGAGACCCAGGAGAUGCUGGAGACCCAGGAGGAGAGCCAGCAGUACUACCCCAUGGACGGGCUGUCACCAUUCAUCUCCCUGCGGGAGGAUGAGUUGAUCGCGGCCAUCGUGUCCCCCACGGGUCGAAGGAACCACAGCAAGGCCAGGAAAGGCUAUCGAAUGGUGAAGCAGCAAAGCAGGCGGCCGGAGGCAAAGGAGGGAGACCCCGAGUCCCAGCUCCUGUCCCUGCCUCUGGGGGACGGCAACGGGGCUGCAACGGGCGAGCGGCCGCUCGGCUUGGAAACCCAUGGCUUUAACGAAGCGCUCAGCGAGCGGAUCUCUCUGCGCAGGGAGCUGCCUGAGGUACGACACCCGUUGUGCCUACAGCAAGAAUAUGACCCCAGCCUGCCUACUGCUAGUGUCAUCAUCUGUUUCCAUGAUGAAGCCUGGUCUACUCUGCUGAGAACAGUGCACAGCAUUAUUAACACAGCCCCAAAGACCUCCCUCAAGGAUAUCAUCCUAGUAGAUGACCUGAGCCAGCAAGGGCCCCUGAAGUCAGCCCUGAGUGAAUACAUCUCGAAGCUGGAUGGCGUGAAGCUGAUCCGGAGCAACAAGAGGCUUGGAGUCAUCCGAGGUCGGAUGCUAGGAGCUGCACGGGCAACUGGAGAUGUGCUCGUCUUCAUGGAUUCACACUGCGAGUGUCAGAAGGGCUGGCUGGAGCCACUCCUGGCAAGGCUGUCCAGCAACCGAAACAGUGUCGUCUCCCCUGUCAUAGAUGUCAUAGACUGGAAGACUUUUCAGUACUAUCACUCUGUGAGCCUGCAUCGAGGUGUUUUUGAUUGGAAACUAGAUUUUCACUGGGAACCAGUGCCAGAGCAUGAAGAGAAGGUACGACAGUCUCCCACCAGCCCUAUCAGGAGUCCUGCAGUAGCUGGUGCAGUAGUUGCCAUGGAUCGACAUUACUUCCAAAACAUUGGAGCUUAUGAUUCUGACAUGACCAUGUGGGGAGCGGAAAAUCUAGAGCUGUCUAUAAGGACCUGGCUCUGUGGUGGCUCUGUAGAAAUCAUUCCAUGCUCCCGUGUUGGGCACGUCUAUCGAAAUCAUAUUCCCCAUGCUUUCUCCUAUGAAGAGGCCAUUGUGAGGAACAAAAUCCGAAUAGCAGAGACUUGGCUGGGUUCUUUCAAAGAGAACUUCUACAAGAAUGACACAGUGGCUUUCCUAAUCAGCAAGGCAGAGAAACCGGACUGCAGUGAGCGUCUUCAGCUACAGAAGAGACUGGGCUGUAGAAGUUUCCAGUGGUUUAUAACAAAUGUGUACCCUGAGCUCUCCCAGCCUGAAGACACACCAAGAUUAUCUGGCAAGCUUUACAAUACUGGUGCUGGCUUCUGUGCAGAUUACAGACCUGGAAGGGCUUUGGCAGAUGGUUCUAUCAAACUCUCUCCUUGCAGUAACAGCCUCACCCAGCACUUUGAAUAUAACAGCAUGAAGGAAAUCCGUCUUGGGUCUGUUCCACUGUUUUGCCUUGAUGUCAGACACGGGAAGGUUAUCCCUCAAAACUGCACAAAGGAAACAGAUAACAGUGAGCAGCACUGGGACGUCCAGGAGAAUGGAGUAAUUGUCCAUGUCCUUUCUGGCAAAUGCAUAGAAGCAGUGAAGAGUGAAGAUGAGAAGGACUUGUUUUUGUCCUUAUGUAACAAGAACACAAAUCAGCUGUGGCAAUUUGAACAUUCCCAAGGGCUACAUCAGAGAUAACUGCCAGGUCUGUGGGAAGAUCAAGUCUCCAAAAUCUAGCAUUAUUUCUCCUUUGGAUUCAAGAUAUGAGCGUUUACUACAAGGAAAAGGAAGAUGUUUGUGUUUGCUGUAGUAUACAAGGAAGCUAGGAAGGCCCUCCCUCAAAAGCCUGGCUCAAACAGUUGCUGCUGGUUCCUGGCUUUUCAGCUCUAGCUAAAAUUUCCAUUAUUCUGUAUAAAAGGAAUAAAGACACUGUGAGCAUCAAUAGGUUCUCAACUCUGCUACUGCAGAAAACAGUUCAGUUUACCAUUUGAAGGAAAUGUGUGAAACUGGCUGCCAGACAGCUUGUCUUCCAGCCUGUUCUGUGACAUCUGAGGAUACAGGAAAAUGAAUGUUAGGAAAACACUUGAAACUGUAAGAGGACAUCAGCCAAACAGGAGGGGAAUUUAAUCCAGUUGUACAGUGCACUCGACUCAUAUGAAACAAAGUAAGUUUUAUAUGUAUUAAAGUAGUAGAUGCUUUCAUGUGUAAUAGCUAAAAUGUUGUUUUCCAGCCUGAGCCAGAUUUCUAUCACCCGUAAGACAGCACAAUUCAUAAAUUAGUACUUAAUUAGGCACUAACUGCUUUAAUUGCUUUGGAAUACCAACAGUCCGCAGAGUUUGGCACACUCUUCCUCAUAUCCUUCUUCCAGAGUCUAACUGGAUGGGAUAAUGAGACUGAAUUAUUAACAACUUUUUUGUUUCAGUUUUCAUGAAAACUAAGAACAACUUUUAGAAAAACUUUUGUGGAAUACAGAAGAAAAUUGAAGUAGAUUUGAGAGUAGACUGGCAGCUCCCCUGCUUAUUGUGAAACUGAAAGUAUCGGUGACAUUCAUUUGUUCUUAUAAAGCUUUGGGAUGAGCUCAUUAUUACUGCAGUGACAAAAGUGCUGGUUGGAAAAAGCAAAAGAAAAGAAAUGACAGGUUUCAACACUGGCUAUCUAGAAAGAAUAUACUGAUAUACUUCUACUCACUUGCUGCCCACUGUACUAAAUAAGUCUUCUACACUGUGACUUUUAGCCAUGAAGAUCUUUUAGAUUGUUGCUGUCAUGGGUCUCCCAGCUGAUCUGCAAAAGGUAACAACGUGUAAUUUUCUAAAGAAGCUUCUUCUGUAGGGCCUGCAUCCCCACUGACCCCUCGUCCCUCACAGAGGUGGCUGAGAGUUCAUUUCAGGUAAUGAGAAUGGUCUCAGUAUGCACUAGCAAAGCAAACUUCUAUCCAUAUUUUGUCAGGGCAUUUGCAAUUUUGGAGUUAAAACAAGCAAUGACGACAAUUUCCAAGAGCCUUGUAGGACAGAAGAAUGAAAAUCUGGGAGUUUUCCCAUGUCGGCUCCACACCUGAUUUAUUGCAUAAAGCAAUCAUCUAUACACAUAUUUAUUAAGGGGAAAGGACAUUGUUAAUGAAACCUGAUGUUGAUUUUUUUUUCAAGAGACGGAAAGAAAAUCGCUUUCUUAUAAAAUGUGCAGCAUAUUGUGUGAGCUUCAGACAAAGGAAGGAACAAUACUCAGCUUAGAGUAUUCCAGUCCCCGGCUCUUGGUUAACCGUAAUACAUUUGUUUCAAGCGUACAAAACUGACUACAACAGAAGACAUGAGCAGCAUCCUGUGUUACGCUGUCCAAAAAAUUCCCCACUGAGGUCCCUCCUUGGUUUGAAUGCUGCAGUUGCCACAUCAUGUUCAGGCGCCACUCCAACCACUCUAAUUACCACUCAUGCUUUCUUUGCUAGCAUCAGAACCCAAAGCCAUUUGCUGCUAUGUCAUUUAAAGUUCCCCGUGACACUCUUGAAGAUGCUUCAGUUUUUAACUGAAAGGAUGGUAACAGAACAAGCGAUAUAUGAUCACUGCCAGAUCUAUGGUGAGAAAAGACACUCUCUAAAAUCACAGGAAAGUUGAGCAAAAUGCUGUUUCAGUGAAAUGUGAUUCCUUUUUUUUUUUUUUUAAUUAUGACAGAUUUUUUAAUUAUGUAUAAUUUAUUCUAUUUUGGACUCUACACUGGGAAUGUCAUUCCUUCAGCAUUUUGCUUCGUGUUUCAAAAGUGUUUGUACAAAUAUAACUGAUCACAAGUGGAAUUUAUCAUCAUGAGAAUGAAAAUACUUUUGUUUAGAGAGGAAAAGUUUGGCAUAAAAUUUAAAAGCUGUGGAAAUCCUCAUCUAAUACUACUUUUCAACAGAAUUAUAAAAGCCUAGAAAAUAACGUUUGCUGUAGAUAUGUGUACAAUAGAAUAAUGUUACAUCAUAUCUCUUCCAACAGUAAAAUUAAAACAUAUUGUGCCAAAUGAUUUAAUGAAUAAUUACUACUGUACUUUCUGUGUUCAGUAACAUAGUACAUGUAUGUUUGGUUUCCAAGGAGACUGCACUUCAGAGCACAUGACAGAAAGGAGCUACUGCAUGGUCCAAGAGGUCUCCGUAUGGGGACAGCAAAGGGAGAGGGCUUGUGGGCCAUAUAACACAGAACACUUCCCUCUAAUAUAAACAUAACCUGUUAUGACACACACCCCCCCACACACAAACCAACAAAACAAAGAGAAAACACCUAUCUCCUGUUUUGCCUUGUUUCCUUCCUGUAUGCUUUUUAGAUUGGUUGGUUGGUUGUACCAACACCAUUUUCCCAUGGUGGCCAUUUACUUUGCCUCUUUUGUCACAUCUAUGAACUAGAUCCUUCUCCUCAAGUAGGUUUCACAGAGAGUUCAAUAAAAGGUCUCUGUUCUGGGUGCCAGUUUAUUUUCUUCACUACGGCACAUUUUUCAUAGCACACAGACAGAAAGAGAUGCUUUGAGCAUCACAAAACACGGAAUUACUUUUAGCUCUUUAUUUAGACAGGGACAACAUUUCAGGUUCCUCUAAUUCCCACUGACAGGAGAGAAAUGUAAUAACAAAAUGUUUCAGGCAAAAUGGCAUAGAAGCGUUAACUCCCAAGACCUCUGCAGCAGAGCCUCAGGCAAGAGCAAAGGAAUUCCAGCACAACAGGAACAAACGCCUUGUAUUCUAACCCCAUCUUUUCUUUGAAUUUGGCAGCCCAGGAAUAAUGAAUGCUUUGAGCCAAAACCACCCAUGAAGAUGAGUUAAAAGGUCAGAUUAAAGAACAGGUCACCUGUCUGGUGAUGCUUACUAAGUAACCAGGUUUCCGCCUCUUCCAGCUAAUUGGAAAUAGAAUAUAAAGGUCUGAAGUAUUACUUCACUUACUUUAAAAUGUAGACCCAGUGAUGAAGUCAGUACCAGCAGGAGCCUGGGGUUCAUCCUGGUAGCUGAGGUGUCACCACUAGCAUGGAGAAAUGGAACCGCAGCAUUUUAAUAUGCACAUUAACCUCAAGUUUGAACAAGGGGAUGAACAGAGCAGCCUCCACACCAAAUCCAUUAGUACAGAACUGAUCAGGGCACCUCUCAGUCCAUGUGCAAGUGCCUCCAGGUCCUUUGUGACUACAGAUUUCUCCAGGAUGGAACAGGGCUAUGCUGAGGCAAUCAAGGCAGCAGCCCAGAUUUCUUUUCAUGACAUCUGGACAGCAAAGUGAGUGAGAGCUUUCAGUUUCCUUUUUUGCACCUUGUAUCUCUUUUUAUCUCCAGCAGUUUGAUUCAGACUAUAAAGAUAUCAGAGACUCUUACACAAGAGAGUCAAAAAAGAGCAUGUGCAAGUAUUCUCAACUUCUCAGCUUACACUUUUAAUCUAUGCAUACCACACUGUUUCUGCCCUCAAUAGAGCAUACCAGUGCACAGUGAAAUGUUUUGUUUCUAUUCCUCUUCAUUAUGAUAUAAUUGAUGAAUGCCUCUUCUUCCUUCUGCAGCACAGUGGCUGGUCUGCAGACAAGCCUCGAGCGACAAUGCUUUCAGUUAGGCACCACUCAAUGGUCUAAAAGAAACCCACCAACAUCUUAGAGGGGGCCGAUUUUACAGUCCUUUGCCUCAUUUCUGUCAGUCGCAGGGGAAGAAUUGGAAUAGGACUACAGGGGAGUAGAAUCUCUGCAAAGCGCAAUCUCUGGCACACCAUCCGCACAGCUUACAGGUGCUUUGUCACCAGGUGCUUUGGAAUAGAGUACUGCUGAAACAACCUGCUUAUGUGAUAGGAGGCACAGUACUUUUGCUACCUUUCUAGCUACAAAUGGUGGAUUUUGUAAAACAGCAGCUCACUUGUAGAUUAUUAUGCACAAGACACAGCAGAAUUCUGAUGACAGAAUGUCAUGGAACCAUGACACAGAGAACAGACACAGGUGUCAGGAUUGUUAGUGAAGUUCUCUCUUUUGGCUUGAACCUAAAUGAUGCACAGAUCAACCUAAAAGCUGAAUGCAUCAUUCAGUUUCUAAGGAGCUG